AUGAAGAAAACAAAGAAACCCUCGAGCACAUAUCCCACUACCACUAGACCCUUCACAUCCACUACACAAUCCAACACUAACGCUAAUAGACCUACUACUUCUACACAACUAUCCACCGCUGAAUCAGCCACAUCCACUAUACAAUCCAACUCAAAUAGACCUACUACUUCUACUACAAAACACUCCAUCACUGAAUCAGCCACAUCAACUACACAAUCCAGCACUAAUAGCGAUAGACCUACUUCUACCAUACAACCUUCCAUCACUGAAUCAGCUACAUCCACCACACAAUCUAGCACUAAUCAACCCGCCAUAUCCACUUCUCAACCCGCCGUAUUCAUCACACCAACUACGACUUCACCAAUCACUCCAUCUAGACACACUAAUGUUCUACCUAGCUCUCCUAUUAUCCAAGAAGAAUAUGAACAUGAUUCAAUGAAAAGAAAUAGAAAAUUAGAAGAAUUAGAAAACGUAAUCGACGAGCUUCAUAUUACCACAAUACAGCAAGAUUAUAAUAUCAUAGAUAUGGCGGACAAAAUAAAUUUUUUGAUGUCUACCAUUAGCACUUUAAUUGAUGAGAUUGAUGAGUUACACGAUUCAAGUCAAUCUGAAGAUCAAGACUCGUUUGAGUGGGUGAUGGAAGAAUCUUCAACGAAUGCAUUACGAAGGUCUACUUCGGAGGCAACAACCAGAUUGAAUACAAUGGUUGAGGAUGAUAUGAAGCGAAAAAAGGCGCCUUGUAGAGAAGUAUUCCUUCAUCUAAAAGAAAAAGGGUCCGAGAAGAAAGACAAAAUGAUAGAAAAUGCGAUUCCUGAUUUUUUCAACAAUUUAGGGGAUUGUAACAAGACAAGCCGACAUGAGUUGGUCGAUAUUCUACGAAAAUACCCCAGACCAUCCCGAAAUAUAUCAUCAUUUCAUCGGGAUCCUGAACAGAUGACCAAACGUAUGGAGGCGUUUAGAUACCGUUCCAUCAAAAAUGAUAAACAUACUAAAAAGUCUAACUUAGAUGAGAUAAAAAAGUUUCUAAACAAAAGUGAUGUACCUGAAAUCUCCGACGACCUUCUGGAUUGGGAAAUACCUGAAAGUGAUGACGAAAGUGAUGAAGAAAGUGAUGAAGAAAGUGAAAAGAGUUGUUGUUGUAGCGAUGAAAGUGAGGGAAUAGAA